AUCAUGGAGAACGACGUCGACAUGUACGAUGGAACCGACGUAGACUCCGCCGGCGAUGACUUCUACGGCGACGAUGGCCUCAUCAACGGUGGAGACAGUGGCUCGGAGUCUUCCGGCGAUGAUAUCAUCGAUAAUGAUCUUGAUGAUCUUCCCCGUGACAAAAACUAUGUCGUUUUGUCCGAUGAUGAUAUCGGUCGUCUCAUGGAUGAUGAUAUCUCUAAGGUUUCUUCUGUUCUCUCUGUUUCCAGAACUGAUGCAUCUGCUUUACUCCGUCGGUAUAACUGGAGUGUGAAUAAAGUUCAUGAAGAAUGGUUUGCCGAUGAAUCCAAUGUUAGAGAAGCUGUUGGCUUGAAAAUUCAGGAGAAAGUUGUUCAAUUUCGGGACUCAAAGGAGGUAUCUUGUGGAAUUUGCUUUGAGGAUUAUUCUUCUGAUGGAAUUUUGGCGUCUGCUUGUGGUCAUCCUUUUUGUGUUGAAUGUUGGAAAGGGUAUAUUAGUAAUUCAAUAGCUGAUGGUCCUGGAUGUUUGAAUUUGCGAUGUGCAGAACCAUCUUGUAAAGUUGCUGUUUCACAGGAUAUGAUUGAUCGAUUAACGUCUGAUGAUGAUAAAAAGAGGUACUAUGGAUUUCUUUUUCGUUCUUAUGUUGAGGAAAAUAGGAAGAUUAAGUGGUGUCCUGCUCCGGGUUGUAAUUUUGCAGUUGAAUUUGAUAUAGGGAGUGAUAAUUGUGAAGUUAUAUGUGGCUGUUCGAAUUAUUUUUGUUGGAGUUGUACGGAGGAAGCUCAUAGUCCGGUUGAUUGUGAUAUGGUGGUUAAGUGGAUGGAGAAAAAUAAUGCAGAAUCAGAGAACACAAAUUGGAUUCUGGCUUACACAAAGGCUUGUCCUAAAUGCAAGAGGCCGAUUGAAAAGAAUGAAGGGUGUAUGCGUAUGACUUGUCGAGACCCUUGCAAGUAUCAGUUUUGUUGGUUGUGUCUUAAUUCUUGGUCAGUUCAUGGUUAUAAUUCAUGUAACAAGUACACGCCAGGGAAUGAAGAUGACCAAAAGAAAGAAAUGGCCAAGCAAUCUAUUGAGAAGUACACUCAUUAUUAUGAGAGAUGGGCUGCUAAUGAGAAGUCAAGGAGAAAAGCUGUAAAAGAUUUGAAGAGAAUGGGGGAAGUGAAUGUUAAGGAGCUGAGUGAAUUGCAAUCCAUACCAGAGACACAAUUGAAGUUCAUCUUAGAAGCAUGGAAGCAGAUUGUUGAGUGUAGGAGAGUGUUGAAGUGGACUUAUGCUUAUGGGUUUUACUUGCCUGAUAAGGAGCAAACGAAAAGGCAGUUUUUUGAGUAUUUGCAAGGCCAGGCAGAGGCUGGUUUGGAGAGGCUUCACCUUUGUGCAGAGAAGGAACUGGAGAUUUACCUGAAUGUUGAAGAAGGUAAUUCCAAAACAUUUGAUGAUUUCCGUAUAAAGCUUACUAGUCUGACUAGUGUGACUAGGAAUUACUUUGAGAAUUUAGUUAGAGCACUUGAGAAUGGUCUUGAAGAUGUUGAUUCGCAAGGAGCUCUUGGAAACAUAGCAACGAGCUCUAAAACCCCAGCUGUGAGCAGCAAACGGACCAACUCGAAAAAAUUAUUACUAGGUGGGGACAGAAUGCUCGUCAAGGAAAGAGCUGAGAAAAUUAUGACCCUCAUGAGAACUAGAAAUGCAAAACUACCUAGUACUAACAGCACUGCAAGCUCGAAACAUGUCUUAGUUCCUGGUGGAGGACAUACGAAUAGGGCCAAUAAUCUUGAUAUAAGAGAAGACAACACUGUGAGAACAUCAAAAAGUCCAUUUGAAGCUUGGGGCGUCAAAUUUAUGGAAUCAAAAGAGACACCUGUAGCCACAAGGAGUUUUACUUUGGGCCCACAAUUUUUACAAAGAGCUGGGGUGAACAGCACAACCAGCUCGAGUAAUUUACAGCUAGCUGGGGGCAGAAAGUUAAUGAACAUUGGAGCGGGCAGUGUGAAAAACUUGGCAAAUGCGCAUGUGGCAGGAAGCAACAAACUCACUCUGUCUAAAACUCCACAUGUAGCGGGAAGCGACAACCUCACUCUGUCUAAAACUCCACAUGUGGCUGGGGUGAGCAGCACAACCAGCUCGAGUAGUUUACUGCUAGCUGGGGGCAGAAAGCUAAUGAACAUUGGAGCAGGCAGUGUGAAAAACUUGGCAAGUGUACAUGUGGAUGGAAGUAACAAUCUCACUAUGUCUAAAACUCCACAUGUGGCUGGAAGCAACAACCUCACUCUGUCUAAAACUCCACAUGUGGCUGGGAGUAGCAGCAGAAUAGAUGGUGGGAAAAAGCACAGGAAAACAAAUACUGGGGCAUCCUUAAUCAUAAAGUUGGAUGACGACGAUUUAGGAGAGGCAUCUUCUGCAACAGGAGCAUCAUUAACACAAAAGUUUAUUGCUGAUUUUGAAGGUUGGGCAUGUGAUUCGUGCACAUUUCUGAAUGCUGACUCUACCACAACAUGCCUGAUGUGCAGUGAAGAUGCUUCUGGCAGUUGGGAAUGCGAAAAGUGUACAUUUCUCAAUAAGAAGCAUGCUUCAACAUGCCAAAUAUGUGAGCACCGUAAAUGAAGUCCUUGCACCUAAAAAUAAAUGGCUGCCCCCAGGGGAUACGCUCGGCCACAAGUUAGCUUUUGCAUUAUUCUACCUUACCGUUUCAUCAGUCUUAUGUUCUGCUUUUGGUCAAUAGUUACCUAAAACUUUCUUAUUGCAUCAGUUGGAUGCGUAGGCUUUGGGAAUAGUAUAGCUAUACAUAUAAAUGAGAUUCCUGGUAAUUGUAGUGAUACACUUUCUCCAGGUACACAACAGCUUGAGCUUUGUGUUAUUACUUACUAGUAAUUGCCAGUGUUU